AGUGGGAGUGUAAAGAUGGAUGCCACUGUGAUCAAGUCAACUACUGUUGGAUUUAGAAGUAUUUUACAUUUACCCUUUCAUUUCAAAAACAUCCCUGAACUGACAUGCGUGUUUGUGGCCGUUUGUGUUCUGAUGAGCCAGACGUUGGCGGAAGACCAGGAGCACAUAGAGGAGUUUUUAAAGCGGGAGUAUUCUUUAGCUAAGCCAUACCGAGGACUGGGCUUCUCUAGUUCCUCACAGUGGGAUCUGAUGGGCACUGCUAUGGUUUCACCUGACUAUGUGAGGCUGACACCAGACCUGCAGAGCAGACAGGGAGCAGUUUGGAGUCGAAUUCCUUUCUACUUGCAGGACUGGGAGCUCAAGGUGCACUUUAAAAUCCAAGGUCAGGCAAAGAAAAACUUGAAUGGGGAUGGUCUGGCCAUCUGGCUAACCAAGGACCGUAUGCAGAAUGGCCCGGUGUUCGGCAGCAUGAACAACUUUGUUGGAAUUGGAGUAUUUGUGGACACGUAUCCAAAUGCUGACAAACACCAUGAUAGGGCUUUUCCAUACGUGUCAGUGAUGCUGGGGAACGGGACUCUUUCAUAUGACCACGAUACUGAUGGACGGCCCACUGAACUUGGAGGGUGUACAGCGAUGGCACGCAAUUCCAUCUAUGACACAUACCUUCUCAUCAGAUACUUGAAAAACAGAUUCACGCUUAUGGUAGAUGUAGAUGGAAGGCAGGAAUGGAAGGAGUGUGCAGAUAUCACAGGACUCCGGCUUCCUAAAGGCUACUUCUUUGGUGCCUCCUCUGCAACUGGAGAUCUGUCAGAUAACCAUGACAUCAUCUCUAUGAAGUUGUACCAGCUGACUGUAGAGAGGACUCCUGAGGAAGAUGCGGAAGAGGAGGAAGUCAGCAUUCCCAGUGUUGACAACAUGGAUCAGUUCAAAGUGGAUAUCCAGGAGGAAGGGAUGAGUGGAGUCCAGUUCUUCUUCACGCUCCUCUUCUCCAUCCUGGGCCUGGGGGUACUGGCAGUGGUUGGUCUGAUGGUUUACGGGCGCUGGAAGGAAAACAGACGCAAGCGGUUCUAUUGACCAGAGAACUGUGAAUCCACGCCGUGUGUUUCUUAAUUAACACACAAUAAUGCAAAUACUGCCGUAGCUCUUCUGAAGCAAACCACCGAAUGAUCAAUGAACAAUAUUUAGUUUUAAAGCCCAGAGCCAAGAGAACAUUCACCUCCAAUACGAAACAGUGGGGGGGUCACCAACAAGCCAGCCAGCUGUGAAAUAUUUUGUGUGUGUGUGUACUGGUGAAGAUGGAAAAGAAGCUGCUCUAGUGAAAUUUUAAAUGUCUAAAGUUCAUCUCAGCUUAAAGCACAGCGGGUCUCUAAAAGCUGCCGUUGCUGCGACUCUGUAGAUUUCUGUUUCUGGUGUCCGUUUUGGAAGAGGCAGACAAAAACUCUGAAAUCAAUCCCAGAUGCUGUAUGACAUUGUUACCUUGACCUUUACUGACAUGCAGAUACCUCUUACUGCCACUUGGUGCCGCCAAAAGGCAGCUGAUAAGCUGCUGUGAAGACCAGUGAACCUGUGGAUCUUUCUUGUCGAUGCACUGAAAAUCUAAAUUGUAAUGAGCUCUUGCAUGAUUGGGAACAACAUGUCAAGUAGCCAAAGUACUUAAAUCUGCUGAAAUUUAUGUUUAUUGUCUGUAGAUGUGUUGUUGAUGAUGAUGAUUAGCUCUCUGUUUUUCAAAUUUCAUCUAGGGCCAAAAUGACCAGUUGACAUCAAAAGUGAUGGACGUGCGUCAGUAGACUGUUCAGGUUGAACCAGGCUAUAACACAUGCAUCAUGACCUUUCAGGGAAAGUUUACUAGAUCCAGACUUCUCAUUUGAUGUGUUUUCGUUCAUUGUGAUUUAUGUUUUAAGACUCUCAAUAAAAAGAUGAAAAAAAUCCCUCAAGCUUAGAUUUAAAGAAUCCAAUUUUCCAUUUAGUUAGCAGGCCAUGGAAAACCAAUAAAGACAAGUUCUCUGAUUGCCAUCUAAAGUUAAUUUGUUUUUUAUUCAUUUUUAAUAUAAGUGUAAUGACUAAAACUAUCUGUUAUGGUAAGACUGUGAUUUUUUUCUGUUGUCAUGAUUGUGCACCAAAUAGAAGUAGCACAAGAUUUCAUGUAAAGAGGAAGGUUUUGUUUACGUACUAAAUUCACCUGAUUACGUUAAUUAAAAUGUUUGUUUCCCUCCAAACAUAUUAGUUGUGAUCAU